GACUACGAAGGUGAAAUAUCAGAAUAAUUCCAAAUGGCUGAACCACCACGAUUCCGACAGCAACCAAAGGGAUUUGCUACGAAAGCUCUUCACACAGGACAAGAACCGGAGCAAUGGAAGAGUCAUUGCGUUGUGGGCCCAAUUACUACGACUACCACAUUCCAGCAACCUCUCCCUAAUGAGCUUGGUGAAUUCAUUUACGGUCGUUAUGGGAAUCCGACCCGAAAUGUUUUGGAAAAGUGUUUGGCUCAUCUGGAUAAUGGAGAGCAUUGUGUUACUUUUGCAUCAGGUACGGGGGCAGUCAUGGCGGUAGCAACUAUGCUAAAUACUAACGACCAUUUGAUUUGCAGCAGUGACCUUUACGGGGGUACAACUUAUCUAUUGAGGAAACAUUGCGACCAAUAUGAAAUUGGGCUGGAUACCGUCGAUCCCACAGACUUGGAUCAGCUGCAGAAGGCAAUCAAGAAAAAUACAAAAAUGGUGUUUAUUGAAACGCCCACCAAUCCAUUAAUAAAAGUUAUGGACAUCGCUGCGAUAUCGAAAAUACUGAAGACUUUCGACAGCCAAAAUAUAAUAUUCGUGGUGGAUAACACUUUGCUCACCCCCUAUUUCCAACGUCCUUUGGAACUCGGAGUAGAUAUUGUCCUUUAUUCGCUAACGAAAUAUAUGAACGGUCAUACUGACGUUACAAUGGGAGCUACAAUAACGAACUGCCCAAAGCUGGCGGAAAAGCUAAAGUUUGCACAAGUUUUCUCAGGAAUAGUACCAUCGCCGUACGAUUGUUACCAAGUGAAUCGAGGCAUCAAGACUCUUGCCUUGCGAAUGGAAGCUCAUGGUAAAAACUCACUGAUGGUCGCGCGAUUCCUCGAAAGUCAUCCCUUAGUUGAACGUGUGUUACAUCCUGGGCUCCCAUCUCAUCCGCAACAUGAGCUCGCUCUUAGGCAGAGCUAUGGUCAUAGCGGUAUAAUGUCCUUCUACCUAAAAGGCAAUAAGGACAACAUGGCUAAGUUCAUGAAGUCUCUUAAAUAUUUCCUAUUUGCCAGCAGCUUCGGUGGACCUGAAAGUUUAAUCUCCACACCGGCUACUUUGAGUCAUGCCUUUCUGUCUGCCGAAGAAAGAGAGAAACUUGGUAUUACUGAUAAUCUGAUCAGGCUUUCCAUCGGUUUGGAAGAUGCUGAUUCCCUUAUAGAUGAUUUGGACCAGGCUCUGAAGUCAUCUCAGCAGUGAUUUUAUUUCUGAGUGUAGAUGAUAAAUUAGAUCAUUAGUAAAAUAUUAAAAGCAUUAGUGGUGAAAAAUUAAAAA